AUGAUUAAGAUCGUGUUUCACAAAUUAAUUUUCUUUAGCAAAAUUAGUCCUAAUAGAAAGAUAUUAAACACAAUUUAGACCUUCCAUCAUAGCUUAAAUACCAAGAAAAAAAAUGACACUAAUGUAGCAAGAAUUUAAAUCAUAAAACUAAUUGUUAAUUUUUUUUAAUUCUUCUUCAUUAAAUAAACUUUAAUCUGA